CUCCCUCCCACACCCCCCCUGCUCCACCUGCUUUGUUAAAUUGAGAGGGUCGGAGCUUGCCAAAGACAGUCGUGUCCGUCCAGAAAAAAAUUUUCCUUCUCUGUCGUUCAAGGGCCCAAGAACUUAUUUCUAUUCCCUGUCUCCCUCCAAAUUCAAUUUGCGCGCCGCUCAUGCUCCGAGCCUGCACCACUCACAUCCACUUUCGCUAUCUUUAUUCUCCCUUCUCCCAGUGUUUUCGAGCCGAACAACUGUCUUGAAAUAGGAGCAUUUCUCUCCUCAGUUGCCAAUGGCGGCCCUGGAGCGUGGCCGGGACGGUCAUACCGAUAAGGCAACGAAUGAUACCCUGGAGGCAGCCAUUGCAAGCUUAUGGGACAAGAUAAACACGCAGAAGGAUUAUGUACUCGAUCGCGACGAGUUUGCCCUAUUCAACUACUUCAUAUAUCGGUACAAGGGCAACAACGUCGCACAACGGACCGUCGCACGGUUCUGGGAUCAUUAUAAGGGCGACCCAAACGCGGCAGAGAGCAAGACAUAA